UUUCGUCUACCACAAUAGUCCAACUGACUGCAACCAACAUAAAACUCAGCAUCUGCACUCCACCGUCUCACGACGCCCUGCAAGAUGCCUGGCCGUCAGGCGCAUGGCCGCUCCAUAAUGGGCGGCGAUGCUGGAGCCGCCGGCAAUAAGCGACGCCAGCAGAAGCAAAAGUCCAAGUCCAAGUCGAGAGCCCAGGACGCUUUCUCCAUCGCCAACAAGGAGCUGGGCGGAGACAAACACAAGCUCACCCCCCGGAACCGAGAGCUCGACGCCGACCUUGGCGCCGGAAAGCGUCGUCGUGCUGGAGAUGAUGAGGACGACGACGACGACGAUGGGGAUGAGGACGAAGACGACGCUCCUCCCAGGAAACGCCGUGCCCACCAGACCGAUGGCGACGAUGAUGUCGAAUAUGGUAGCGACUCGAGCGGCAAUGAGUGGCGCGUCGGUGUCGGCAAUGAUGAUGACGACUCGGAUAUCGACUCUGACGAAGCCUUUGGCGAGAGUGACGAGGACAAGUUCCAGGGUUAUGCUUUCGGCGGCAGCACGAAAAAGAAGAAGAAGAGCAAGGGUCAGGAUCAGGAUGAUGAAGAUUCCGAUCUGGAAUCGCUUGGUUCAGACGCUAUCGACCUCGCCGACGCUCUGGAUCAGUCCAUGUCAGAUGACGAUGCAGACCAAGGAGAGGAGGACGACGAGUCUGACGAGGACUCAGGUUCCGAAGAGAGUGAAGAGUCGGAAGACAGCGAGGACGAUGUCUCGGAAAGCGGUGUCAAUGACUGGGUCAAGAAGUUUUCGGGAGCCGCCGAUGACGAGGAGGAAGAGAACAAAGCGCCGCAGAAGUCCAAGAUCGACCUCAACGACCUGGGCUUGCUAGGCGGUCUGGAUCCUUCUCUGAAGAAAUCCCUGAAGCUCAUGUCCAAAGAAGAGAAAUCUUCCAAGCCCAAAAAGCUCGAGGUCCCUCUCGCAAGGCGCCAGCAGGCUCGCCUCGACAGAGCUGCAGCAUACGAGCAGGCCAAUAAGACUCUCGACAGGUGGCAAGACACGGUCAAGCAGAACAGGCGGGCUGACCAUUUGGUCUUUCCCUUGCCCCAAACUGAGACGGGUCUUGCCAGGCACGACAACACUGAGAUCGCUCCCCUCGAUAGCAAAGCCAAUGGCAACGAGCUCGAGCGAGCCAUCAUGGGCAUUGUAGAAGAGUCCGGCCUUGUUGCCAAGACUGAGGACGAGCCCAAAGAGUACGUCGACGAAAAUGGAGAUCCUGUUACACGAAAGGAAUUCUGGGCGAACAAAAGGAAAGAGAGAGAGCUCAAGUCUAGGGAAGAAGCUCGGGCUAAGCGCAUCAAGAAGAUCAAGUCAAAGGCGUACCACCGUGUUCACCGAAGGGAGCGGGAGAAGAACGAGUUGAAAGAGCAAGAGGCUCUCGCCGCUGCCGGUCUGGUGGAUUCCGAAGAUGAGCGAGAUGCCAGAGAUCGUCAAAGGGCUGCUGAGCGAAUGGGCGCUAGACACAAAGAUUCCAAAUGGGCCAAGUUGGCUAAGAAGGGAGGCCUUGCAGUUUGGGAUGAUUCUGUGCGCGACGGCAUCAACGACAUGGCGCGCCGCGAUGAAGAGCUCAGGCGGCGCGUUGAAGGCCGUGGCGAUGGCAGCGACGAAGACGAUUCGGACUACUCUGCCGAUUCGGAAGAUGGUGGUGACAGGAAACGUCUGCUCAAAGAGCUCCAGGGCAUAGACGACGACGACGAGGACGAACCAUCAGGACCAAGAUCAAAGCUCCUGAACAUGCCGUUCAUGAAAAAGGCCGAGAAUCUGAAGAAGCAAGAGAAUGACGACCUCAUCAAGCAGAUUCGUCGAGAACUUGACUCUGAUGCCGAGGUUUCCGAGCCGGAGCCUGAAGUUGACGACAUUGGAAGGAGGCAGUAUGGUGCACCUGGGACCAAGGUGCCCGUACCUACGGCAAAAUCCAAGAAGGAGAAGGCUAAGGCGAACAGUGUUGAUGCUGAAGGAGACGUUCUUGACAUGGAUAAGGUUAAUGAUGUACCAAAUUUCGCGGCUCCUACGCCACGAUCAGUGGUUAUUGAUGAAACCGGGGGUGCUUGGUCCACAGCGGCUCCUGCCAAGGCCUCUCGGAACGCGAAAAAACAGAAGCACCACGACAGCAGUGUCAAUGUGCUGGAUCUUGACUCUAGCGCUGCUCUUGUCAAACCCCGCGAACCAGCAUCAAAGCCCAAACCUGCUAGCAAGCACGCUACAGCCCUUGCGAACGACUCCUCUGAUGACGAAGACGGACAUCUUGUCCAGUUCCGUGAUCAAGACCUUUUGGAUAAAGCUUUUGGUGGCUUGGAUGUGGUGGCCGAGUUUGAAGCAGAGAAACAUGCCCAGGAAGAGGAAGACGACGAAAAGGUCAUCGACAAUACCCUUCCCGGAUGGGGUAGCUGGGUAGGAGAUGGUGUCUCUGCAAAAGAGAAGCGAAGACAUCAGGGACGCUUCCUCACCAAGCAAGACGGCAUCAAGAAGGACAAGCGCAAGGACGCCAAGCUCAAAAACGUUAUCAUGAACGAGAAGAUCAUCAAGAAAAACAACAAGUACUUGGCUUCUCAGCUGCCGCAUACUUUCGAAAAUGUGACGCAGUAUGAGCGUUCUUUAAGACUUCCUGUCGGUCCGGAAUGGGUUACCAAGAAGUCGCACCAGGAUGCCGUCAAGCCGAGGGUCAUCAUUAAACAGGGCAUUAUUGCACCUAUGGCGAAGCCUAACCAUUAAAGUCAUCAUCAGGGUAGAAAACAACGGGUACGUUGGAGCUCGACCAGUUCGUUUUCCCUAUCAAUAGAAACACACAAUCCAUCUGAACCUCGCUAUCGUGGACAAAAGCUGCUAGUGCACUAACUGCCCGGCUUCAACAAUUAUGCCCAAACAUUCUUCACCC